AUGUUCAAUAUCUGUCUCCCUCAGACCAAACAGGCGCGGACGGCCACCCAAGGAGCAGCCAUCUGGACGACUUCCCCCCACCUUCGCAGUGCCCCCACCUUUGGUGCCUCCUAGCCGGUGCCGGAGCAGUGAGCAGAGCACGUGCUCAGCUCACGUGCACAUUGACCAGCACUGCACUGCACUGCACCACCCAUUUCUCAUGUCUCUGUGUCUCUCUGUCUGUCUGUCUCUCUGUCUGUCUCUCUGUCUGCGCUGCAGGUCCUCGGCAGCCUCCACCUCACAUCAUCCGCAAGGAGCGAUGCCGCCGCGAGAAGCUCGCCGUCGCGCUGGAGCAGAUCCUCAUCAUCCUCCCCAACGACGGCGGACAGCUGCAGCAGGUGGAGCCCCUGCGGUUUGUCGACCAGGCUGUUCAGAGUGACGCCCUCAUCCACAACGCCAGCGGCGAGCGGAGUCCAAGACCGACCACGACGACACCCUGACAUCUCUGCCUGCAUCUUAUAUCCCGACCGUCACCUUCUCAAGCAGCCCAGGCAACGACAGCAGCGGCCGAGCUGACGUCCGUCCACGAGCUCCUCGACGACUCACUCAGCACCGUCUGUCAAACACAAAGACAAACAGAGAGAGACAGGCAGACAUUCAUGUGUGUGUGUGUGUGAUGGCUGCAGAGCAAUCGUUGUUCAGCUUGCCCAAACCAUACACACAGACAGCCAGACAGCGUUCGUCAGUCAAGCCUCACUCCAACAUUGCUGCCUCCACUCAUACUCGGGGGUGGGAAGACAGACAGACAGACAGACAAACAACACAACUGCAUGUCGUCUCUCCCCUGUGUGUGUCUGUACCAACCAGCAGCAGAUGGAGUGCAUGGAGCACAACGCGCCCAGCAAUCGACCGGCAAACUCUGGUGAGCGUCUGGAGACAAGUACCCACUCACUCCAUCACACACAGAUAAGC